AUGAGCUUUGCUGUGACGAAAGUGAAAUGUCAUCUUGUGCCUCGUUAUGGUUAUUAUGGUCUUCUUGCUGCUGGUGGUCUUCGUUAUGCUCGAUUAUCCUCAUGGUGGUGGUGGUUGGCAUUCUUCACUAGCUGCAUCAUCAUUCAUGCUGUGGUGGAAUGUAAUCGUUAUGGUUAUUAUGGUCUUCUUGCUGCUGGUGGUCUUCGUUAUGCUGCUGGUUAUUAUCGUUAUGCUGAUCGUCUUGCUGCUGGUGGUCUUGGUGGUUAUGGUUAUGAUCGUCUUGCUGCUCGUGCUGGUGUUGAUCGACCAGUAUGA